UUGCAGCUCUGAGCUUCGCUGCUGCGGCGGUGUGUUGUUGCUUUUUGUCUGUCUCCUCUUUGGUCUGGUUGCUUUUGUUGCUUUUGUCUGUUUUGCUUUUUCGCCCUGCCAUCUUACACACUCACAUUACUCAUACACCUACACGCGCGGGAGACUUUUGUAUGUAAAACUGACGUCGCUGCUGCCUCUUUUUUGUUGUUGUCUUCUUUCUUUAUUUUUUUGCACAUUCUCCCUGUUCUCUCUUCUCGCCUGCAUUUUGUGUAUCUCAUCUCGUGUACGCUUUCGCUGCCUUUCCAAUCUCUUCGGCAUCGAGGCAGCAACAACAACAACAUCGAAAAGCUGGCGUCGUCGUCGCCGUCAUCGUUUUCUCUAUUUUCCUCAAUCGCUGUGCCUUUUCAUUUUCAAUUCGCAUAUUUUUGCAAACUCUACUUUCAGUUAUUCGCCGAUAAUUGAUGUCAAAGGACGCAGUUGUGCUCCGCCGGCGUUGUUCUCGUCGUUGCCUUUUAAAAAAAUUGUCCCGGUAUUCAGUGCCAGUGUGGCCAGUCCAGUGCCAGUGUGACCAUGCCCAAGGAGGAUCCUUUCGUAAAUCGCGCCCAGCUUUUAAAGGCGAUCAAGAAAUAUCCGGAGAUCUGGGACUCCAACAACAAGCUGCACAUGUGCCGCAGUGUCACAUCGCCUAUGUGGACGGAGAUCGCUGAGCAGUUCGGCGGUCAUGUGCCGACAGUUAAGCUGCAAUCGAUUUGGAGCCAGAUGAAGUACCACUACCACAAUUUGGUCCACCGACAGAUCCUGCAUAAGGAUCGCUUCAACACCAAGUGGGAGCACUUCGAGCCGAUGUCCUUUAUGUACAACAUAACGGUGGCAAAGAUCGUGGGUGCCCAGUCGAGUGGUGGUGGUGGCACCUCCUCCGAUGAUCCGCCCACUGCCCCCGAGAUGCCGACCGCUGGGGAGGAACCCGUUGCAUCAGCACAACCACCACCACCUUUGCCCAGCGCCUCUCAUGGACGCGGGCGUCCCAGCGGCAGUUUCAGCUGGCUGCAGUCCGCUGUCACGCCCACCGCCCCUCAACUGCCACAUCUCAUCGCCCAGCCGAUCCAUGGACAAGGCCACGCAAUGACCUAUACUGCUUUCACGGGGUUGGUACCUCCACCAGCUGCAGUAACUUUGGAGACAGUGGCCACGCCCCCACGAAAAUUGGGCCGCCCCAGUUCAUUGCAUAAUAGUAUGCGCGGACGUAUCAUCGAUGCCAUAAAAACGCGUCCUUCACUUUGGGCGGGACGUCAGCGGAGCGAAAAGGGACAGGGCCAGAGUCGAACGUCGGCGGUUUGGAAGGAGGCGGCCAUCGAGAUGGGAUUGACACCAACUCUCAUGCAGACUCGCUGGUCGAUCAUCAAGCAGCGGUAUGUGGACGAACUGCAGAAGGAGCGCCACGCCCAAUACUCCCACCAGGGAUUCCGAUCCACAUGGGAGCACUUCGAUCGAAUGUCGUUUAUGCGCGACAUCCUGCUGAAGAAGGUCGACGAGCGGGAGCAGACACGCGAACAGAUCCAGGAGAUCGUCAGCGAACAGCAGCACCAACAGCAGCCGCAGCUCCACUCGUCGCAGCACUUGCACCAAUACCGUCCACCGCCGCCCCCAUCCGGGCUGGUGGAGCACGCCCAGGACAUGCCCAUCGGAUUGGUGCAGCACCACCAUGAAGGACACCAGCCGCCGCUGGCCAUGCACCACCCCCACCACCCACAAGCCAUUCGCCGGCGGGUCAAGCACGAGUCUGAUCUCGAGUGGGACCCCUUUGAGAUGAUCCUUCACGUCCACGGCGCAGGCGAGCCGGCUGCCAACUGAAGACUGAGAAAUUAGGAACAGCAAAGCCCUAGGUACACCUGAGAAAAAGCUUAAGGAAACGAGAUACAUGAUUACUCCACAGAAAUUGUAUUGCUCUUUAUUUAGUUUAAAUUGCAGACUUUAAAUCAUAAUUAUUUACUUUCGAGGAUUGAAUUGUAUUGAAAUUAUGGGACACAAAUUUAAAGCUUACAAAAUUAAUAAUUGUUUGCAUACAAAAUAUGUUUAUUACGAUUCAAACCAGCUCUUAAGUGUCAGAAAAUCGUUCCCUUAAUACUUCUUCUCAGGUGGAAUUGAAAAAAUAGGGGACCUAUACGUCCUUAAUAUAAUCGUCAGAUGUAAAACCAUUAGCCUACACCCCAUGCCCACAUCUAUAUUAAAACCAUUUUGUAAUUCCUUUUUCUACUACUCUGAAAUUAAAACACUCUAAAUAAAACAUCACUUAGAGAU